AUGGGCAACACGUAUUCAAGGCACCGCUCCGAGAUUCCCCUAGGAGGUUCCUCUGGUUCUGGGAAGCGCAAGUCUUACGGUCAGGAUCCCGCUGCGGUCAGAAUCAGCAAGGAUGAGCUCAUGAGAUAUCAGCAGUCGAAAGUGUUCACAUGGGAGAGCGGGGAAGAACCAUCCGAGUUUCCAAUUCCUCUGGGCGAUCCAUCUGGUGCCUAUCCAAGCCGCGCUUCCUGGAAGCCAGUGGACCUAGCUGCAGUCAAGCUAGUUGGUGUGGAGGAAGAAGCCAUUCGGCUGCACCAGGCAGCGGAAGAGAUUGAAGAAAUCGAUGACAUCCAACCAGGCAGGCUUGUGGUGUUGCAGAGAGCACACGAUGGAAUCGUUCCAACAUCCAUCAACGCAGCUCAUGUCAUCCGCUGA